UCUUCUGGUUAUUGCGUAACUAGCAACUAUCAAACUCUCCGAUGAUGAAACGUGACAACAGACGAUUUGUAAACAGUUUUAAGCAGGCUUCUGUUUUUUGACAGUCUUUCGAUUUUUUUUGUUAAGCUGAACGGUUAUAUAAUGAUUUGCAGGAAGCCACCUUUGGUCUUAAUCGGUGCUUGAUUAACCAUGUCUGGAAAAUAAAAUACAAUGUUGCACAUGACAAGCAGACUUAUCCAGCGAACAUUCAGACUACGAUCGACUGUCACACAAGUGGUUAUGGAGAAACCAUGCAUAUUAGCUACCACACUUGGAGCACCCGGAGGCGUCUACAAGUGCUUUGCACCUUGUAUCGAGAAACACUUCUCUAUAAUCCCAUAUGAGAGGUUUGUACAGAGGAAAGAAGACUUCGCUGACAAAAUCCAGGCAGUGUUUGUUUGGGGUGCCGGAGCUUUAAAAGUUGACCAAAACCUGCUACAGUCUUUGCCCAACCUCAAAGCUGUUGUUAAUGGUGGGGUAGGAGUAGACCACCUUGAUAUUCCCCUGAUUAAUAGCUUUGGAGUCAAAGUUUCCAACACUCCUCAUGUAGUGGAUAAUGCCACUGCAGAUAUUGGUGUGAGUUUGAUGUUGGCAUCUGCAAGGAAGAUUGUUGAAGGGCAUAUUUUUUCCAAGUUCCGAGAGUCUGAUGAUUUUCCAGAGUCCUCUCUGGGCACUGAUGUUACCGGAGCCACCAUGGGCAUCAUCGGCAUGGGUAGAAUAGGAUACAAAAUAGCCAAGAGAGCUCAAGGGUUUGAGAUGAAAAUCCUUUACCACAAUAGGAAUCGGAGGCCUGAGAGUGAAGAGAGAGCAGUUGGGGCCACAUAUUGUGCAAGCAUGAAGGAGCUGUUACAGAGGUCAGACUUCGUCAUGGUGGUGGUCAAUCUGUCCCCUCAGACGCACAAACUGAUUGGUGCCAAAGAGUUUGCCAUGAUGAAACCCAAUAGCACCUUUAUCAACAUUAGCAGAGGCUUGGUAGUGGACCAAGAUGCUUUAGUGGAUGCUCUCAAGAAGAAAAUGAUAAGAGCUGCUGCUUUAGAUGUCACGUAUCCCGAACCACUUCCCAGGGAUCAUCCCCUGCUGGCCUUGCCAAAUGUCAUCGUCCUGCCUCAUGUAGGAACCCACACCGUGGAGACCUCACAGAUCAUGGUGGAGAGGAUGGUGACCAAUGCCUUGGCCGCUGUAACUGGAGGCCAGCUUCCUGAUGAAGUCAAGGCAUAGAGCCAGAACACAGAGCCAUCUGUUCCUCUUUUGUUUUUAACCAGCAAAACAUAGAAAAUACUAAUAGAUUUAGUCAUAAUUUUAUUUUGUUUUGUGAUUGUUUUGUGUCAUCUUUUAAAUGUUUUAUGUAUGGUAAUUCAAUAGCCUAAAGAAUAUUAAAGGAUGUGUUAGAUUGAACAGCACAGAAUGAAUUAAAAAAAAAAAUUCUGUCCUACAAAAUCUCUCACAUUUCUGACCAUUAAAAAAAGAUCAUGAUGCUAAGAAAGAAUUACUC